UUGAGUUGUAAACAAUUUUACGCAGUUAACAUCGUGAAAAAAAUGAAUGUGAACGAUCUGCCCGAUGAAAGGACUUCGCUUUGGAUUUCGCUGUAGCACCAUCGAUUUGGUAUGAUAUGACCCGAGAGAAGUAUUCAAGCUUAGGACAUGAUUUUUUUCGAAGACACCCCUCGCUUCGAAGAAUCUCUACCUGCAAGACGGUUACACCGGUAGAAUGGGUUGAAUCUAUUUGUCAACACUGUCCUGAGAUAACCCAUCUAAAACUUACUAUUAUGGUUUAUCCGGAAGAAGGAGUUUGGGAGUCGUUGGUGCAGCUGAGUAAACUGAAGUAUCUUUCACUAAGAGCAAGCGGCGAUGUUCGACUUUUUCGUGGGGCUAUGAAGUCACUCGAAUCAGUUCAUUUGCAAACAGCACCUUCACUGCGAGUUCUCGGGAACCUUUUUGAUGUUGGGCCACAGUUGAGCUGUCUGAAAAUUUGUCACACAUCCUACAACGAAAUACAGUUCAUUUGUGAAAAGUUUGCCUGCCUCCGACGCUUAGAACUGUACGUCGAUGAUAAGGAACUUAACGUAUCGGACAAUAUUAGCAUUCGUUCCAUCCAUCGCAACAACGUUCGGUGCUUGACCAUAUUAGGUAGAUCGGAUUCACUUGAUUCACGCUCAGGUAUUAUGAACAGUGAUCUGGUCUGGAUACCGGAGAAGUUCCCUUUGCUGAACAGACUGAUCAUUAGGGACUGCUCGGUGUCUUUGGCUGCGAUCGAACGGCUACAUCAUUCGGUGCCCUCAUGUAGAAUCGACUAUGACAACAAACGCUUCUACCCCAUUCUUGAUGCACCUGCGAGAUAAAAUAUGUUCGUAGUGCAAAGAAAGCGCAGCUUCGGAUGGUAGCAGCGAAAACCCGUCGAAAUUCACUAGAAGA